AUGUCAACUGUAGACUCCAAGAGCGAUAUCUUUAUCUCAUUUCAGCCUAGUUAUCUUGCCAAAGUUGUUUUCCGCGUCAAAAACUAUGAAUUUCCAAAGUACCAUCUUCCUCCACAAGUCAACCGACUCUGGAUAUACGAAACACGCCCCAUAUCAACCAUAAAUGUGUCGUUACUAUCAGUACAGGCAAGAGGCCUUCGACCAAGGCAAGCUGGGGCAUCUCGCAAAGCAUACCAACAAAAUCCUAAGGUUAGAGGCGCUACCCAAAUCAAUUCCUUCAGUAACUUGAAGGAGAAUGGCUGGCUCAAUGGCCCUCUCAGAAGUAUUGCUAUGUUAAAGAUGCCAUGA